GAUAAUCUAUUCAUUCCUAAACUGUACACUCUUGCUAUUUACUCCAACACAUAUGCUUAUAAACCCUUCUUUCCAUCUCAUCUGGACUCUUUCAGGGUACCAAGAGUGAUCUGAUUGGUGAAAGGAUCAACAAACAGAUGAAGAUCCAGUGCGAUGUCUGUAACAAAGAGGAGGCCUCGGUGUUCUGCACCGCCGACGAAGCCGCCCUGUGCGACGCCUGCGACCACCGGGUUCACCACGCCAACAAGCUUGCCUCUAAGCACCAACGCUUUUCCCUACUCCAUCCUUCCUCUUCAAAACAAAUCCCUCUUUGCGAUAUCUGUCAGGAGAAACGAGCUUUCUUGUUCUGUCAGCAAGACAGAGCAAUUCUGUGCAGAGAUUGUGAUGUUCCAAUUCAUGCGGCAAACGAACAUACCAAGAAACAUAACAGGUUUCUUCUUACAGGGGUUAAACUCUCUCCUACCACCGCUAUCUACACAUCCUCCUCUUCAUCCUCAGUCGCUUCUUUAUCCAACCUUGGCCAUUCUGUUCCUGAAUUCAAGUCUCAACAGUCGGUCAAGAACUCUGUCUCUGCUUCUACUCCAAAUUUAAAUUCAACUUCGCUUGCUAAAUCGUCAUCAAUCAGUACAACAUCUGCUGCAGUAACAAAUAACAAGAGCGGUGGAGAUAACUUGUUAGCAAGUGUAGAGGGUGGUUCAGCGAGUAGCAUAUCGGAAUACUUGAUAGAGAUGCUCCCAGGGUGGCACGUCGAAGAUUUUCUUGAUUCAUCUUCACCUUCCUUUGGUUUCUGUAAGAGUGAUGAUUGUAUGUUGCCGUUCCUUGAUGCUGAUCUUGAGAGCAAUAUGACUACUUCCUCGCCAGAAAGUUUGGGGCUUUUGGUUCCCCAGUCACCAUAUUCCCUGUAUCCUCCCCAAUAUUCUUCACAAAUGGGAGGGCAAAGCGGGUUGAAGGAGACAAACGAAAUUAUAGGCAUGAAAGCUAACAGGAGACCGGUAGAUGAUUCCUUUACAGUUCCUUGGAUCAGCCCUCAAUCCACUAGCUCCAAGAGAUCUAAGCGUCUCUGGUAGGAUCAGGUUUUCAAAGUACAAACACUUCAACUUCUCUUAUACUUGGACAACAUCAUUGCCCUUUCUUUGCAUUUUCUCAUUUCUUGCUAAUUUAGAUUUCAGUGUGAUGUUUGCCUUUCCCCCCUACUCUAAUAGAGCCGGUUUCGUUUGUAGCA